AUGUCAUACUUUGUCAGCCCAGAGUUCCUCCGAGUCGUUCUCCUGGGCUUCAUCACCAGCUUACACAUGACAUGGCGACGGCUCGUCAAUCGCCUCGUUCCCGUCCCUUACCUCGAUGAAGUCUUCCAUGUCCCUCAAGCUCAAGCAUAUUGGUUUGGGAGAUGGUCACAAUGGGAUCCCAAAAUCACCACCCCACCCGGUCUCUAUGCCUUUUCGUACAUUGUCAACUCGGUCCGAGACCUUUUCACUCUAGAUUUCAAACCCUCGGUCAAUGAGUGGAGAUUCACCAAUGUCCUGUUACUGUACAUGUUACUCGUUGCAUUAUACAUUUUAACGGCCGUAAGCAGGAAGACUGUCAAUCACGAAAGUGUUCUUCAGCGGGAGUUCAGCAUCAUUUCAUUUCCAUUACUCUUCUUCUUUUCCGGCUUGUAUUACACCGACUUGUUCAGCGUCUUUACUGUCGUCCUGGCCCAAAUCCUCUGGUCUGCUGGGACGUCCGCCGAGGGAGGCAGAAAGAUUUUGUAUCAGUUCCUUCAUCUUGCGACUGGCUUGAUUUCCCUUGUGAGCAGACAGACGAACAUCUUCUGGGUAGCAGUGUAUAUGGGAGGACUACAGAUUGUGGACAGUGUCAAACGCGAGGUUGGGGCCCACAAAGUUCAUGAUCCUCCUAUUGCUGAAGCAUACUUUGAAGAUUUUCCCAUCACAAGCAUUUCCCUCGCCCAAUCCGGCUUGCCUAUGAUUCCUCAACUCCUUUUCGACCUCUGGCCACAACUAUCCCUACUCAUCUCCUUCACCGCUUUCGUCGUCUGGAAUCGAGGCAUUGUCCUUGGUGAUAGAGACAACCACAUCGUCACCCUUCAUCUGCCGCAAAUGCUCUACAUCUGGCCGGUGGUGGUCUUCUUCUCCUGGCCUGUCCUCCUCCCUCAAUUUUCCCAUCUUUCUACCCUCCGCCGACGUCUACCGAGGUUGACGACGACAAUUACCUUCCUCAUCCUCAUGAUCAUCACCAUUCACCUCAACACCAUCGUCCACCCCUUCACUCUCGCCGACAACCGUCACUACACAUUCUACGUAUUCCGCAUCCUCAGACAACACUGGCUCGUCAAGUACACCGCCGUGCCCAUCUACUUCGUCUGCGCAUGUCUAGUCCUUGGAGCGCUUGGCGGAGCAACGGGACCCGACCCGACGUCCAAGUCAAUCCGGAUUCUAAACGGAGACGACACUGUGUGCGUGAGCUUUGUCCUCGUCUGGCUCAUUGCGACUUCGCUGUCACUGGUCACCGCACCACUCGUCGAACCUCGAUACUUCAUCAUUCCCUGGCUAAUGUGGCGCUUAGCUGUCCCUGAAUAUAUGCCGAAAUCCGAAGCGCAACUCAAGGUCAUUGAAUUGGAUAAGAAAACCUCCGCUUCUCAUGACUCUUCGGCAUCACAACCGACCUCCACCCUGCAGUCGAUAUUACGAAUAGCGGCUUCGACAUCCCCGUACCUCGAAUUACUCUGGUACGUUCUCAUCAAUGUGGUGACAUGCUAUGUUUUCCUGUACAAAGGCUUCGAGUGGCCUCAGGAGCCGGGCUUGGUUCAAAGAUUCAUGUGGUAG